GACACUCAUUGCAGCAUAUAACAAAUGGAGCUUACACAUCUAUCUGUUUUAGCUAUUUUUUUCCUAGCUCUCGUGGGAAUCAAUGGCUCUAAAUCAGGGGAAGAAUAUUGGAAAUCUGUUUGGCCUAACACUCUCAUGCCUAAAUCACUUUCAGAUCUGCUGCUGUCUGAAAGCGGUACAAGUGUGCCUAUCCAAGGUAAAGAAGAGAAGCAAUAUUGGACCGUCUUUUUUGAACAUGACCUAUAUCCUGGAAAAAAAAUGAGUUUGGGCAUUCAAAAACAUUCAGAUAUUCAACCGUCACAAUCACAUACACAAGUAUCAGUCAAAAAAGCAAGUCAAUCAUUUGGUACUCGCAAAUGGCUUCGAAAAACAACUGAAAAAGUGAAUCAACCUUUUGGAGUUCUCACAUGGGUUGACAAAGCAACCAAAACACAAACUAAAAAUAGAAAUCAACCUUUUGAAACACGUACAUUGAUUGAUAAAUCAACUGAAGGAGAGAUUGAAAAAGCAAAUGAACCUUUUGAAACACGUACAUGGAAUGAUAAAACAAGUCAACCACUUCCUGCUCACAAAUGGACUGAUAAGGCAAUUGCAAAAGAAACAGAAAAAACAAGUCAACAUCAACAUUUUGUAACACACACAUCAGAUGAAAAUGAAGCACACAUUCUUGAAGACUAUUGUGGGAGACCAUCAGCAAUAGGGGAAGACAAACAUUGUGCACCAUCACUAGAAUCAAUGAUGGAUUUUGCAAUUUCAAAGCUUGGAAAGAAUAUCAAAGUGAUGUCAAGUUCCUUUUCUAAAAAUCAUGACCAAUAUGUGGUGGAAGAAGUGAAUAAAAUAGGAGACAACGCAGUGAUGUGCCAUAGAUUGAAUUUUAAAAAAGUUCUAUUCUAUUGCCACCAAGUCAAUGCGACAACAACUUACAUGGUUCCAUUGGUGGCAUCCGAUGGAACCAAAUCUAAGGCACUAACAAUCUGUCACCAUGAUACUCGAGGUAUGGAUCCUAAUGUGCUUUACGAUGUUCUCAAAGUUAAGCCUGGAACUGUCCCUGUUUGCCAUUUUAUUGGCAACAAGGCCGUUGCUUGGGUACCGAACGAUGAUGUCACUGAUUCUAACGGCCAUCCUAGUGUCUUCUAGAAGAUUUGUACAUCCAAGGGGCUCUCAUGUUUGGACUUUUUUAAAGUGAUAUAUGGGAAAAAACUAUGAUGUGAGAAUAUCAUAUCUUAUGUACAAAGUAUCGUCCAUGUAUUCCAAAUAAAACUAGUUCUGAACUAGUUAGAACUAUGGGUUUGUGUUUGUGAAUUGUUACAUUGUAUGGCCAGUCUCUGAUGUACUUUGUAUUUGAUAAUGUGCAUAAAAUUUGUUGUGUGUUUGAUGUAA